AUGGCCGUCUUGUCGCAACCUCUCAACACCAUCGUCGAGCCUCUGCCUCAUCCGCCGGGACAGCAAUCCGACCGAACAAAGUCUCUCACGGCCGCCUCGCAACCUGCAGAGCGUCACCUCGACGGCUCCAAAUCUCCACCUCCAGUCUCACAUUCUCGCCGCCACGCCAGCUCCGUCUCCAUCACAGGCUCAGCGCCACGCCACCAGCGCACACCGAGCAUCCUCUCACGCGCAGUUGCGGCUUUGGAUAGAACCCAGAGCGUCAUCGCAAGCAUUGGAGAGCCCGUCAUCCGCAACCGCCAGUCCAACCCAACGCUCGCCCGUCUCUCGCUCAACGCAGGCUCGCAUCAGCAGCUGAGGGACGAGCCCGCCAGCCCCGACAGGCCAACUGCCUUCAGCAAUCCCUCGACCCAGUCGCUGCUGUCAAACCCAGGAGGAGACAGCCAGUCUGCUGCAACCUCGUUUUCAUCCGCUCAACACUCUCCCAGCCAGCCCCCAAACGGGCUGAAUUCUGACUCGCAUUCUCCCAAGAUGCACCAGACAUCCUCGCGCUUGUUGCGCAUGACCGACGAUGAACGGCCUUUCACCAGAGAUUUUAAGGAUCUCUUCUCCACACUGAUUGUCAGCCUUCUGCCACUUGGUUCUCACAGAGUGCGGUUGACAAAGGUGGACUACACCUUCCUCUCUGAAGAUGCUAUUAACAACCUGGGUUCUCUGAAGUUCUCCCAGUCUAACCGCAUGCCUGACCCCAAGGACCCCUCAAGGAUCGUCACGACGACAACCACCACCACCUUCUCCAUGGCCAAGGACAUGGCUAGAACAAUCUGCCAAAGAUUUGUCGAUGCUCGCUUCAUCGAGUCUGCUGAUGGAAAGCUACAGCCCAUCUACAACAUGAAGGGCUCUGUCUGGCAGCUGACCGCCAAGGGUGUUGCAAUUCUGGAUCGAUUUUGCGGUAGGAACGGAAUCCAACAGAAGCAAGUCUCUGAGCUCGUCAGCCUCCACUGCUGCUCCCUCGUUAUUCUGGAGCGAGAGCAGCACAGCGACAAGAUCCUCAGCGACCGGGGCACUGUCGAGGUCAUCUUCCGCCGAUUCGUCGGCACCGAAACCCGGAAUGUCAAGGCCAACUUGGCUAUUGCGGAUUCGGACUCGCUGCACGAUUACGAAGAUGGUCUCACCGGUGUUAAGAUGGCUGCUGAGCGUCGGGUGAACGGAAAGGUAUACAAAGAUACCUUUACCGGCAAGGCCUGUUCGGAUUGGUUGGUGGACUGCUGCACCAUUGUGGACCGACGGGAGGCCAUCGAGAUCGCAUCCCUCUUCGUCGAGUUUGAGUUGAUAGAUACUGUGGUACAGGACAGAUCCUUUAUGCUCGGGAACCCUGGAUGUCAUCUGUUCCAGCCCACAAAGUAUUCUGUCUACCAAAUCUCGCAGCGAGGAAAGGAUGUGAUCAACGGCACUAGCUCCCGUGGCCGCCCAUCCGAGAGCGAGGCUGGAACCGGCUCACAGCGCAACGGUGUCGUCCGCGACUCCAACACCCAGCGUCUCGAGAAGAUCCUCAACGACCCCGCCCUCCGCCUUCUCUUCCGUGAGAACUUGAGAGAGAUGCACUGCGAGGAGAACCUGUCCUUUUACAAGGAUGUCAACGACUUCGUCCAGGGCUGUAAGACGGCUAUCCGACAAGCCGAGUCCACACCCUCAUCACAGGCGAUGGACAUCAUCAAAGAGACCAUGGCUCAGGCCUACGGCAUCUACAACGCCUUUUUGGCCCCAGGCUCACCCUGUGAGCUCAACAUCGAUCACCAGCUGCGCAACAACCUGGCCACGAGAAUGACCAAGGCUGUUGGCCAAGAGACCGGCAUGGUUGAGACAUUGCAGGAGGUCACAUCUCUGUUCGAGAACGCUAAAAACGCCGUCUUUAAGCUGAUGGCUAGUGACUCCGUGCCUAAGUUCCUACGCAACGCCAAGUACGAGCAACAGCUGCAGAACUUCAACCUCGACGGCGGCCCACGAGGCGGCGUCGAGCGGAGCCUGAGUCGCUCCAACCGAAAGUAA